AUGGCAAUGACAACAUCGACACCUGCCUCCAGCCGUCUCUAUGACAUUCCACAUCUUGAAAAUGAUGGAUCGAACUUCCAACCAUGGAAGUACCGCAUCAAGAUUGUCCUGAAAGUCAAAAAGCUCCUCGACAUUGUCACUGGCGAUGAGCCAGACCCUGGCGUUGAUUCAACAACGAAGGACACGACUGCCCAUGACAACUGGGUCAGACGGGACAAGGAAGCACGUGCACAGAUCACGUUAACGAUCAGCGAUGAACCGCUCAACGGCGUCUUACAUGCAAAGACGUCCAAAGAUGUGUUCGAAAUGCUCAACAUGCGCUACGAGGGUCGCAGAAGACAAACCACAGCUUACCUUAUUGGUGAGCUCUUCCACAACACCUUUUCCGAUGAUUCCGAUCUGGAGCCGCAGCUCAACAGCAUGCGGCACAAAGCCUACAUCCUUCGCACGCCGCUCAAGUGUCCACUUGACGAUGUACUUGUUGCUGCUGCCAUGAUCGGCGCUCUGCCUCCUUCCUACAGCAUUCUCAAGACCAUUCUCAUGUUCUCUGAUGAUUCGCUUGAUGUGGACAAGGUCAUCUUCCAGAUCCUAAAUGAGGAGAAGAGCAAGCGUCAGGAGCAGGGUCUAACAUCUGCCCUAGUUGCACGCACGCAAACUUACACGAAGUCGAAGGGGAAGCCAGGGAAACCAGCUGAGGGGAAGAAGUCGAACUCGAAGAAGUGCGACUACUGUAAGAAGAAGGGUCAUGUCAAGGAUGAAUGUCGGAAGCUCAAAGCUGACAACGCUGCCAAAGUGAACACAAAUGGCAACUUUAAUGCAAAGGUUGCUGUUGUGGAUGGUGAACUCAAUGACCUCCGCCUGCAGCUUUUCAUGGCAGAGAUGCUCGUAAGGUGA